UUCCUGCAUAAUUUACAUUGAAAAGGGUGGAUGAAAACAAGCUUAUUGCAAGUAUAAUGUAAGAAACCAUUGAAGGGUGGUAUAUAUUCAUUGGUGCUUGGAGAGGAAGAGGGGAGAGACCAUGGGGAGUGAAGGGUAUUCUCCGUUGUUUGAGACGAAAGCAGCGAAGGGGAGAGUUGCUUAUAGGGUGUUUGCAGCUUCCAUUUUUGUGGGGAUUUGUUUGAUUUGGAGUUACAGAGUGAAGUUUGUAGGAGGAGGAGGAGGAAGAUGGGGUUGGCUUGGUUUGUUUGCUGCUGAGAUAUGGUUUGGGUUUUAUUGGGUUAUCACUCAGGCUCCUCGUUGGAAUCCAAUUCGUAGGCGCACCUUUAAACACAAGCUCUCACAAAGGCAUGAGGGAGAGUUUCCAGGAGUGGACAUAUUUGUGUGCACAGCAGAUCCGGAGAUGGAGCCACCAGCUAUGGUCAUCAGCACAGUAUUAUCAGUCAUGGCAUACGAUUACCCGCCAGAGAAGCUCAGCGUGUACCUCUCCGACGAUGCAGGCUCCAAGCUCACCUACUAUGCUCUCAUGGAGGCCUCUCAAUUUGCAAAGCACUGGAUACCAUUCUGCAAGAAGUUCAACAUCCAGCCAAGGUCACCUGCAGCUUACUUUGCCUCACACACAGAUCAUCAGAGCAAAGAAGUGGACUUCAUUCAGACACUAUACAAGGAUAUGGAGAAUAGAAUCAAUUAUGCAGUAAAACUAGGCCGGGUUCCUGACGAGAUACAGUCGAGUAGCAAAGGAUUUUCCCAAUGGGAAUCCUAUGCAUCUCGUAAAGACCACGAUACGUUCCUUCAGAUAGUCAUAGAUGGCAGAGAUCCAAAAGCUAAGGAUGUUGAAGGGUCCGUGUUACCAACUUUGGUGUAUUUGGCUCGUGAGAAGAGACCUCGAUAUUUCCAUAACUUCAAGGCUGGAGCCAUGAAUGCCUUGCUAAGGGUCUCAUCACAGAUCAGCAAUGGGCAAAUCAUACUCAAUGUAGACUGUGAUAUGUAUUCAAACAACUCUGAUGCCAUAAGAGAUGCACUUUGCUUCUUAAUGGAUGAAGAAAAGGGUCAUGAGAUUGCAUAUGUGCAGUUUCCACAAUUGUUUGAUAACAUAACCAAGAACGAGAUCUAUGCAAGUAGUUUACGGGUCAUUAAUGAGGUCGAACUGCCCGGUUUGGAUAGUUUUGGAGGUCCUCUAUAUAUUGGAACAGGCUGCUUUCAUAGAAGAGAUGUUCUAUGUGGUAAAAAGUACAGCAAAGGAUACAGAAAUGAUUGGAACAGUAAGGACUAUAGGAACUCGGGAGACGAUGUAAAUGAACUCGAAGAAAAAUCGAAGCAUCUAGCAAGCUGUUCAUAUGAAGAGAACACGGAAUGGGGAAAAGAGAUGGGUUUGAGAUAUGGAUGUCCUGUAGAAGAUGUUAUAACCGGGUUGUCGAUACAAAGCCAGGGAUGGAAAUCGGUUUACUACAAUCCAGAGAGGGGAGCCUUCCUAGGUGUUGCACCAACCUCAUUAAUCCAGACACUAGUUCAACAUAAGCGAUGGUCGGAAGGUGACCUCCAAAUUCUUCUUUCGAGGUACAGUCCUACACGGUAUGCUCGUGGAAAGAUCAGCCUAGGCCUACGAAUGGGAUAUUGUACCUAUUGUCUCUGGGCUGUUAAUUCCUUGGCAACAUUAUAUUACUCCAUCAUCCCCUCACUUUAUCUCCUCAGAGGCAUUCCCUUGUUUCCCCAGGUUUCAAGCCCUUGGCUGAUACCUUUCACAUAUGUGAUAUUUGCUAAGUAUGCUGGUAGUUUGGUGGAGUAUUUGUUGGCUGGAGGAACAAUCUUGGGUUGGUGGAAUGAACAGAGGAUUUGGCUAUACAAGAGAACAAGUUCCUAUCUCUUUGCUCUUAUCGAUACGGUCUUGAAGACAAUUGGAUUGUCGGAUUCAGCGUUUGUAAUCACAGCUAAAGUGACCGAUCAAGAAGCCUCGGAACGAUAUGAAAAGGAGAUCAUGGAAUUUGGAGCUUCCUCUCCAAUGUUUACUAUAAUAGCAACAGUUUCAUUGGUUAAUUUGCUGUGCUUUCUUGGGAUGGUGAAGAAAGCAGUGGAGAGUGGCAGUGGUUUGGUUAUGACCUUUCAAACAAUGGCUUUGCAGGUUGUUCUGUGUGGAACUCUGGUUGUAAUCAAUUGGCCUUUGUACGAAGGGCUUUUCUUUAGAACAGAUAAGGGCAAGAUACCAAGCUCCCUGACUAUUAAAUCCUUUACAUUGGCCCUAGCCACUUGUAUUUCCUUUUCAUUGCUACUUUAAUUGUUACCUUGAACUUUUCCUUUCCUAAACUAAUAAGAUUCUGAAGAUUCGGGUUUUAUAGCUA